AUGAUCUGCAUCAUUUUGGGCGUGGUUCUGAAGAUAUUUGUCCCCAUGUCAAACAUCACCAUCGACUACAUCGGAUUCCCUGGAGACAUUUUCAUGCGGGUUCUUGAGAUGGUCACCAUUCCUCUAAUGGUGACAAGUGUCAUAACAGGAGUCUGUAGUAUGACUGCUGGCUCCUCCAGAAAAAUCUCCAUCCGAGCAGCAGUAUACUUCAUCUCAACUACGCUGGCGGCUGUGACGAUAGGAUUAAUUCUGGUGCUGUUGGUGAAGCCUGGGGUCGGUCAGAAUGACCCGAUGCGUGGGCUGGAUGAAGAUGAUGAUGGAGCCUUAUCCACACUCGAGGCCUUGAUGGAUCUUGUCAGGAACAUGGUGCCCAUAAAUCUGGUUCAGGCCACCUUUCUUCAGUACAAGACUCGGAAGGUGAGGUUUGAAGUUGCUGAAAUUGACGAAGAAACUGGCCUGGAAACGAUAAGGACAGAAGUGCGUCUGAUUGGUGAAAAUAUCGAGGGACUCAACACUUUGGGCCUGAUCGUCUUGUCUGGUAUUUUUGGAGUGGCCCUCCGGAGCCAGGGAGAAAGUGCCAAACAUGCUGUGGACUUGUUCAUUGCCGUCAAGAAGUCCCUCAAACAUCUGGUUGUAUUGGCAAUAAGCUUCAUGCCACUAGGAGUGCUGUCCAUGACCACCAGCUAUGUGGUUGAGGUUGGGGACUGGGAGACAGUCUUCAAACUCUUAAAGUUCACGGCUGUUGUCGUUUUUGGGCUCCUCAUCCACGGAGCAUUGGUCCUGCCUGUCAUCUAUGUCCUGUGUACCAAACAGAACCCCUUUCCUUUCAUCAAGGGGGUCAUGCCUCCCAUAAUGAGAGCCAUGCUCAUCUCGCGCAGCUCUGCGUUCAGGCUGACCUUUCACUGCUGUGAAGAAGUCAACAAAGUGGACAAGAGGAUCACGCGCUUCAUGCUGCCCAUCGGGAUCAAUAUGAACAUGGACGGGACAGCCCUUUACGAAAUAUCAGCGGCAGUGUUCAUCGCCCAACUGAACUUCAUCAAUCUGAACUGGAGCCAGUUAAUAACCCUCUGUCUGAUCGUAUCAGUGUCCAGCGUGGGAGAAGCAGGCAUCCCAGCUACAGGAAUGGUCACCACUCUCUUUAUUCUGACCGUCAUUGGGAUCCCUGCGAGGGAUGCUUCCCUUCUGCUGGUGUUAGAAUGGCUGCUAGAUCGUCUCAACACUGCUGUUAACGUUCUGGGAGACUGCAUCGGCGUGGCCAUUGUCCACCAUUUGUCAAGAGCUGAACUGGCAUUAAUGGACAUACAGCAGCAGAGGAGGAGAGCUUGAGGUCCAGGUUCAUACAAUAAAGAGGAGGACCCGG